GCUUGCGUGGCAUCAACGGAAGCUUGUACGCACUACGCACCCUGCGCAUUUAUCAGGCCACCAAUACCCUCUUAAUUUCCUACUCCACACUUAUUUGGUAACUUGCGAUUCCCAAAUCAAAAACCCUAAUGGCCCUGCCCUUUCAUUUUAUAUUUAGUUGAUUCUUUAGAGCUUAUAGAAGAUUCAAGUUCUAAUUUCCCCCUUCACAAACAUCGUUUUCUCUUUUCAAAAUCAGGAUUUUUUUUCCACUGAAAACCCUAAAAGCUCGAAAGCUCUGAUUUUCAAGCGGGGAAUUGUAAUUUCACGGUUUUGGGUCUGGUUGACAUCAUCAGAAGCUCGAAAAGAUUUGUUUUUUCCAUUACUAGUCUCAAACAGGUUGGGAUUUUUAUUUUACGAUUUAAGAUUGAAAACUCUAAGCUCGAAAGCUCAAAUUUCAAGCUUGAAAUGUUAUCAAAACUCAAGAAAGCUCUGGUUUUCCAUUAUUAGAAGCUCAAAUCCAAAUCCAAAUCUCACUGUUUCUGGGCCAUGAAGAAGUUGUGACUGUUUCAGAGGAGUAACACAAAAAGCUUUCGACUUUUGUUGAAAUGUCUGUGGAGAGGUCCUUCGAAGCUUGGGAGGAGGUUCAGCGCCAUGGCCAGGACUUAGCGGACCGCCUCGCGCAGGGCUUCACGGGUUUGAUUCAGUCCCACAUCAGUACGCCGUCGUUCGCUUGGCCUAACCCUAACACGUCGAAGCUCUUCGAUCUCGAAUUCCCGAACCAGAGUUUCGGCAAGAGAGACUUUGUUGGGUUGGUGGCCGAGAACUCCGGGAUUAAUGGGGUUUCCGCGAUUCUCAAUAUCGGUAACAGGAUCGGGCAAGUCGGGGCGGAUUUCGGGGCGUGCUUGAAUGGGAUGGUUCAACAGUUCUUUAGGACCUUACCGGUACCGUUUAGGCAUGAUGAAAAUGCUACUAUAGUGGCUGUGCGAAUUGAUUCGGAUAAGGUUAGACAGAGAGCAGAUGCGAGUUUGAGUGGUAAGGAGGAUUUGGGGCCAUUGAAGGAACGCUCGAAGGAUUUCAGGGUUGUGGAGAGUGAUGGUGUCUCUGAUGGUUUGGUGGAUGAAGAACUUGCUGGCUUGAAUCUAAGGUCCGCUGGUCUUCUGGGUAGACCACUGGGGAGCAUAAAUACCUCAACAACUUAUGAUAGUAGAACACGUCAGCUAGAAAGUUCUUUCCUUGCAAGGGGAGAUCUAUGGAGAGUAGAGGCUUCGAGUGGCAGUACCACAUCUAGAAAUGACAAUUCAUCACUCUUCCUUGUCCAGCUUGGGCCUGUACUCUUUGUUCGUGAUGCAACACUUCUUCUUCCGGUGCAUUUGUCAAAGCAACACUUGCUUUGGUAUGGCUAUGAUAGGAAGAAUGGGAUGCAUUCUCUUUGCCCGGCCGUGUGGUCAAAACACAGAAGGUGGCUCUUAAUGUCAAUGGUCUGCCUGAAUCCAUUAGCCUGUUCAUUUGUUGAUUUACAGUUUCCAAACGGGCAAUUUACAUAUGUAUCUGGUGAAGGGCUUACUACAAGUGCUUUCUUACCUCUGUGUGGAGGCCUUCUACAAGCUCAAGGUCAAUAUCCUGGAGAAAUGAGAUUCAGUUUCUCUCGCAAGAAUAAGUGGGGAACACGCAUCACCCCAAUGAUACAAUGGCCAGACAAAUCUUUUACAGUGGGUCUUUCACAAGCCUUGGCUUGGCAGAGAUCUGGUCUCAUGGUGAGGCCUACAAUUCAGUUCAGUUUAUGCCCCACUUUUGGUGGAAGCAAUCCUGGUUUGCGGGCAGAACUCAUUCACUCAGUGAAGGAGGAGCUCAACCUGAUAUGUGGUUGUGCAUUCACACCACAUCCUUCUGCGUUUGCUUCAAUAUCUGUUGGCAGAUCCAAGUGGAAUGGAAAUGUUGGGAACUCGGGGCUAGUUUUUAGAGUGGAUUCCCCGCUUACCAAUGUCGAUCGACCUUCCUUCUCUGUUCAGUUAAACAAUGUCCUUGAGUUUUGAUUGUUUUGGCUCCAUAGUCUGCAAAUGCAAGUGUAUAUAGUCUCAAGCUCUGAAAUACAAUACCACAUGUGAAUAUGUGAAUGUUCUGCUAAUUAUACAAAUGUUCCCUGUUUUUCCUGUAUGUGGGAGCGCUUAUUUUUUUUCUUUCUUUUUUGACCAGCUGCUUACUUUCUUUUGUAAUUUUUGCUGUGUAAUUUUUUAUUUGCAUGUAAAUUUUACAAAUUUUAAAUUCUGGCCGUCUAACGAAAAAAUUCUUUUCA